GGAAAUUGGAGGAGAAAAUAGAGUAGAAGGAAGAGCAUCGAACAUCUUGAGCCUCUCGUCAGAGAUAAGAGAACAAUCUGAAGCAGGGGCUUCGAUUUUCUCCUCAUCGCAGAUUCUCAGCUCGCCAUUAGCUCAUCUUCCCUUUGUUUUCUUAUCCUUCCCUAUCGUCCUUUUCAUUCCUAUCAUCGUCAAUUCAUCACUCUGCCACCACUCGCUCGCUCACUCCAGUUUCGUUGUACCACUGCCACCUCCCCUUUCAAAAUCUUCCGACUCCGGCAAUCAAUGGCGUCCGCCACCGCCCCGACCUCACUUUCCCUCCUCAAAACAACAGUUUCAUCUUCAUCCGCUUCCCGUUCACGCGCCGCCGUUCUCCCCUUUUCCUACUCUGGCCUCCGCUCGUCCUCUUCUUCUGGCCUCCGCAGCCUCGCAUUCUCCGCCGCUGACCCUCUAACCAUCCGAUCCCUCUCCUCUUCUUCCUCCUCCCGCGCCAAGUCCCACAGGGGAUUGGUCGUGUCUGCCGUCAAGAAGAGCGUUGGGGAUUUGAGCGCAGCUGAUUUGAAGGGGAAGAAGGUUUUCGUGAGAGCUGAUUUGAAUGUGCCGCUCGAUGACAACCAGAAUAUCACCGAUGAUACCAGAAUCAGAGCUGCAAUCCCUACCAUUAAGCAUUUGAUGCAAAAUGGAGCUAAAGUCAUCCUCUCCAGUCACUUGGGUAGACCGAAGGGUGUUACCCCAAAGUUCAGUUUGGCGCCUCUGGUUCCCAGAUUAUCUGAACUCCUUGGUAUCGAGGUUGUGAAGGCUGAAGAUUGCAUUGGCCCAGAGGUGGAGAAAGCAGUUGCUGCGCUCCCCGAGGGUGGAGUUCUUCUCCUUGAGAAUGUGAGGUUUUACAAGGAGGAAGAAAAGAACGAACCUGAAUUCGCCAAGAAGCUUGCCUCCAUUGCUGAUCUGUUUGUGAACGAUGCUUUUGGUACUGCGCACAGAGCUCAUGCUUCGACCGAGGGAGUCACAAAAUUCUUGAAGCCUUCAGUUGCUGGGUUCCUCUUGCAAAAGGAGCUGGAUUAUCUUGUAGGUGCUGUUUCGAGUCCAAAGAGGCCGUUUGCUGCCAUAGUCGGUGGUUCUAAGGUCUCAUCCAAGAUUGGAGUCAUCGAGUCCCUAUUGGAGAAGUGUGACAUCCUUCUCUUGGGUGGAGGAAUGAUCUUCACCUUCUACAAGGCUCAAGGUCUUUCGGUGGGGUCAUCGUUGGUCGAGGAAGAUAAGCUUGAGCUUGCAACCUCUCUCAUGGCCAAGGCCAAGGAAAAGGGAGUUUCAUUGUUGCUGCCUACUGAUGUAGUCAUUGCGGACAAAUUUGCUCCUGAUGCUAACAGCCAGAUUGUGCCGUCAUCAGCCAUUCCUGAUGGCUGGAUGGGGCUUGACAUUGGUCCAGAUUCUAUCAAGACGUUCAACGAAGCAUUGGAAACUACCCAAACUGUUAUUUGGAAUGGACCUAUGGGAGUUUUCGAGUUUGAGAAGUUUGCCGCCGGAACUGAGUCUGUGGCAAAGAAGCUAGCAGACCUGAGCGCCAAGGGUGUGACAACAAUCAUCGGAGGAGGAGACUCAGUUGCAGCUGUGGAGAAGGUAGGAGUUGCAAGUGCAAUGAGCCACAUUUCCACCGGUGGAGGUGCCAGCCUGGAGCUAUUGGAAGGGAAAGAGCUUCCAGGAGUCCUUGCGUUGGAUGAAGCCACACCAGUUGCCGUGUAAGAUAAAUUAUUUUUUCCCGGGCAGCCAUUAUGAUGCUAUUGUCAACGAGAGUUGUGAUUAUGUAGAGAUAUAAGAUAUGAGCUGCUGUUGUACAAUCUCCAUGUUUGCCUGCCUGCAAUAUAAAGAGGUCCAAUAGCACCUUUGUUUUCAUAAUGUUUGGUUCAAGAUUACCACAAAAUAGGGACAAGAGAAGCUUGAUGUUGGUGGCAUUGAGAAGCCAUCUUGUUAUCAAAUAAAUGGAUCGUUUUAUCUUUUGAAUGGAUUUCUGUUGAUGGGUUGCUGAGUUCUGCUUCAUAUCUGUUUGGUAUAUUCUCCAGUGAAUUGAGGUGCACUUGUCCAACUUUGGUUGGUUGGUGUAGGAUGGGAUAGGGUAUAUUGGGGAUAAUGGUGGAGAUUGGGAAGAGAUGGGACACAUAAAAGGUUUCAGUUCCCACCACCAAUUUUUCUUUUUGGCUAAGCUUGAUUUCUAGUAUUUAUUUUUGUGGAGGAGGUUGAUGAAUAUGCAUGGCCUACUGAUAUAUGAGAUUCCCACUCAAUGAGGUUGGAGAUGGAUCAUGGAGGGAGAUCAAUGUCGAUGAACCGUGGCAUGUUAUAUCACAGAAACUCCCUCUUGUGACUUGUGUUGUGGGUUGGCUGUGUCUUUAUGGGUCGUUUCAAGAAAAGUCAACUAAGUGGGCUUCAUUUGGGCCUGACACUCACUCGUCGCACUUGCAUCCAUCCAUCUCGUUUCUCCAAAAGCCCAUUUGUUAAGUAGCCAUCGAGUGAUUAGAAGCUGAACUAUUGGAAUGUUCUAGUUAAUCAAAUGGAAUAUUCGUCACCGGAAGAUGGAAAAGCAGCAAAAAUCACGGCCAAAGUCCAUAUGCGAUCACAUGAAAUGGCAAGGCCCGCCGGCCACAAGACGGACCAAGAAUGAAACUAUUAAGCGUAC